ACUAAAAGAGUCUAUGAUGCUAGACAUGGUUGGUUUCAUUGACCCAGCAUUGAUUGGUGAGAUAGGGUGUGGGAGUGCAACAACGAGGUCCCGAAGUAUAAAAGAUCGCCUGAUAAGUGCUUCUCCAAAUCAGAUUUUCUUGUUGCCUUACAAUGCAUCUGCUCAUUGGAUAUUAACUGUGAUUGAUCCGGACAAUGAGACUGUCUAUUACAUGGAUCCAUUAAAAAGACGCCUUGGGGGUAACGGAGAAUGGAAAGAUAUUGUUGACACUGCCAUAUCAAUGUUUAGAGGGGACCGCAACAAGAAAGGACGGGGUUCUAUUCAAUGGAAGAACAUGGCAGGUAUUCCAUCACAGCCAAACGACAAACAGUGCGGCUAUUUUGUGAUGAGAUAUAUGAGGGACAUCAUAUAUGAUACAAACUUGGGUUUUGCAGAUAAGUGGGGUAGGAGAGCCAACCAUGUUUAUUGUCAAGUGGAAAUUGAUGAAGUGCGUAAUGAGCUCGCAAGUUAUGUGGUGAAGAACAUCCUCAAGUUGUAGUCUGCAGUUGCUCAUGGCCUAGAAGCUCAGAAGUGAAAUAGGCUAGAAAUGUGUUUUUGUGGUCUGAAGUGACAAUUUAAAGUACAUUUCUUCACUUAUUUUGCUAUUGGA